UAGCUUCAUUUUCAUCUCUGAAAUAGCUCGGCUUCAACUUCAAGCGUAUCGUCGAUCCAGCCUACAAAGAAGUUUUAGCGCCUGCUGUUGUCGUUAUGGAAUCGCCAGUUGUGGAGAUGUCGAUGCAUGCUCUUUCUAUAAAUCCGCCCAGAAGGAGUCCAUCUCAUCAACAAAAGCUGCAGCAGGAAGGAACCUGAAUCAAUGGCGUCUGCUGUGCUGCCGAGAAACAAGUAAUAACUGCGUUGUCCGCAAGAAUGCAAAGACGGCGACGCACGCUUAUUGAAAAGGAUUGAUUCCGUCGCUGUUGUUGAAAUUUCAAACCCAAUACUCGUCGAAAUUAAAGAUUUAAACCAGUGUGGAUAUAGGUCGUCGAUCGUUGGAUCCCUAUCCUUUGAGUCAACCAUACAGAUACUGUAUACAUGUCCGGCCCCCCAUGAGAAUUGAGAAUUAAUUUUGAAACCCCUAAUUAAUACUAGGCGCUUCUAUUACCAUACAAUAUUUCUCUUUCUUCCUCCUCCUCCGUCUACUCUGAAUUGACAACGCCUUGUAUGGCAGAGGAAGAAUUCAGAUCUUCGAGUUAAUGUUCUGUAUAUGGACCACAUGGGCAUGGUUCACAUUCACGUUUACCAACCAAGGGGGACGACUUGAAGCCUUGUAUUUGCUUGAGUCAGCGUAGGUACUGGAGGAUGCUGCUAUAAGGAUAGUCGUCCUGUGCCCAGUAAGAAAGAGCUCGCUAUGAAUGGUGGAGAAGAUGAUGCCAUACGGAUUCAGUCUUCCUCUAGUGAGCAGAAGAAUGAGAACCUUUCCUCCCAGUCUAUGGGUUCAGUGGGACCGACUCCGAGAAGAUUUGAGUCUUCUUAUAAUACAGUUACGAGUUUCGGAAAUAUUAAUUUUGAUGAUGAAUUAAAGAGUAAAGGCUUAAGCUCCAUAAAAAAGUCUAUUGAAGGAAACGUGCUACUCCUUCAUUUGUGGAAUGAUGUACUUUUCACGUUGUGUGUAACUGCAACCUUACUGGACCCUUUGUUCUGUUACAUCCUAGUAGUUCGUGAAGAGACAAAUUGUAUUCGGUUUGACAAGAAGUUGAGGUUGACGGCUGUGGUUCUGCGUUCACUCAUUGAUUUGGGCUACAUAAUUCUCAUCAUCUUUCAUUUUCGUAUUGGUUAUAUUCCAUCUUAUGAUGCAAAUAAUGGAAGACUUUGCACAAGAGUGAGGAGAUAUCUUUUAUCUUACUUUACGGUUGACAUUCUUGCAGUGCUUCCUCUCCCACAGGUGGUGAUUUUAUUUGUCGUUCGAGCAACAAAAGGUUCUCAUUUUUUAAUCGCUAUUAGGUCAUUGAAACUUGUUCUUAUAGUUCAAUAUUUGCCAAGGGUCUUUCGAGUAUACUCAUUCUUAAAGAAAGUGAGAUGGAGUUCUGGCAUUUUGCCCAAUUCUGCUGGGGCCAAAGCUGUAUACAAUCUCUUACUGUAUAUGCUUGCGAGUCAUGUCUUUGGAGCCUUUUGGUACUUGUUUUCUGUUGAGCGCAGAGCAACUUGCUUGCAAGAAAGGUGUCAUAGUCAUCCAUAUUGCCCUCGGAAUUAUAAUAACAGCUCUGUUGAGAAAUUGUGCAUGGAUGCUUGCCCAUCAAAUUCAUCAUCAAAUGACACAGCAGCUUUCAAUUAUGGAAUAUUUGAUGAUGCCUUUAAGUCUGGUGUCGUCUAUUCAACUGAUUUCAUAUGGAAAUUAACUUACUGUUACUGGUGGGGUCUGCAGAGUUUAAGUUCUUUGGGUCAAGGCCUCAAAACUAGUAAGCAUAUAUGGGAAGUUUACUUUGCAGUCUCCAUUACCAUCUCUGGCUUGAUAUUAUUUGCACUUCUAAUAGGAAAUUUGCAGACAUUUCUGCAGGCAACUAUUGCAAGAUUGGAGGAAAUGAGAUUGAAGGGGCAAGAUAUUGAACUGUGGAUGGCCUACCAUUCACUCCCACGUGAUCUAAGAAGGCGGAUCAAACGAUAUGAGAAGUAUCGAUGGCGGAAAACCAGAGGUGUUGAUGUCGAGAACAUUCUCCAUAAUCUUCCUAGAGAUCUUAGAAGGGACACAACAAGACAUCUUUGCUUCCGUGCAAUCAAAAGUGUCUCAUUAUUUCAAAACACGGAUGAGAAGUUCUUGGAUGCAGUCUAUGGUUAUUUGAAGCCUACACUAUACAUUGAGCAUAACUUCAUCGUUCGUGAAGGCGAACCGCUAGACGAGAUGAUCUUCAUUAUUCAUGGCAAGUUAUGGAUCUAUUCCAAUUCCAACAGGGAUGGUGAAACAUCAAGUUCGUCUGGGAGCCUUGAAAAGGGUGAUUUCUUUGGAGAAGACCUUUUAGAAUGGGUAUUGAAAGAUCCACUUUUGUCCACUGUCCCCAUAUCCACAAAAACUGUCUCUACACACACCAAAGUAGAAGCAUUUGUUCUAAGCGCAAAUGAUCUGAAGCAUGUGGUCUCCAAAUUCUGGUGGCUUUUCAGUCGAGAGCUUAGAAACGAUCCCAACUUUAAAGAGCGGUUCGCGCCAUGGGCUGCUAUUGUGUUGCAAGCUGCGUGGCGCCGUUACUUCAGGAGCAAGCGCGAAAAGGAGAAUUCUCAGUUAGCCUUAGCUACUGAAAGUGGGAAUUCACAGCCUUCAAUCACCACAGCCGUUCAUGCCUCUAGAUUCAUUACUCGUGCAUUACAUGCUUUAAAUCGGAGACGAAAAAGAAGAGAUGACAGCAGUGACUUGCCACUUGCCAGAACGUAGCAACGCCUGAGAAGAUUUAUUUCAUUUGUAGUAAUUCUUUGUGGGUAUGUAAUAUUCCCUCUGGAGCGCGAGCGCGAGCACAAACGCUUAACUUGACAUACAUUAUUCUUAUUUGAAGCCACGAGUUUAGUGGGGAAACUGUGUUACAUUUCAAGAUCUCUUUGUUUUGAGUAAGCGUUUAAUAUGGUGAACUGUGAAAAUUGUCUUUAGUCUUUUGAAUAGUUUCUUGUGCUCAUGGAGAGAACCCAGUGUGUGUUGAACCAUUUGAAAAUCUGGGAUAUGUUUGUUGAAUGAGCUACUAUACAUUUUCGCUUCAAACCAACAGACACAGACAACUAUGCUGUUAUGUAAAAACUCA